GGAGUAGCCACCAUUUUGCAUGUCUAGUGUGUUCCUCCCUCCAUUGCUAAUAGAGACGAUUCCAGUUAUUGUCUGGCGUCAUUACGGCUCAGAAUGCCAGCUCCGAUCAGACUGCGGGAGCUGAUCCGGACAAUCCGGACAUCACGGACCCAGGCAGAGGAGCGCGAGAUGAUCCAGAAAGAGUGUGCUGCUAUACGCUCCUCCUUCAGAGAGGAAGACAAUACAUACCGUUGCAGAAAUGUGGCAAAGCUACUUUAUAUGCACAUGUUGGGCUACCCGGCACACUUUGGACAGCUUGAGUGCCUGAAGUUGAUUGCAUCUCAGAAGUUUACCGACAAACGAAUAGGUUAUUUGGGAGCUAUGCUGCUGUUGGACGAGAGGCAGGACGUCCACCUACUAAUGACAAAUUGCAUUAAGAAUGACUUGAAUCACAACACACAAUACGUCCAGGGACUGGCCUUGUGCACGUUGGGUUGCAUGGGUUCCUCAGAAAUGUGUCGUGACCUUGCUGGUGAGGUAGAGAAGCUGCUCAAAACAUCCAAUUCCUACUUGAGGAAAAAAGCAGCGUUGUGUGCAGUUCAUGUCAUCCGGAAGGUUCCAGAACUAAUGGAAAUGUUCCUUCCAGCUACAAAAAACCUGCUGAGCGAGAAAAACCACGGGGUUCUCCAUACAUCAGUUGUCCUCCUCACUGAGAUGUGUGAACGAAGUCCUGACAUGCUGGCCCACUUCAGAAAGCUGGUCCCUCAGUUGGUGAGAAUCCUGAAGAACCUAAUCAUGUCUGGAUACUCUCCUGAACAUGAUGUGUCCGGCAUAAGCGACCCCUUCCUGCAGGUGCGGAUAUUGAGACUACUCCGCAUCUUAGGCAAGAGUGAUGACGACUCCAGUGAAGCAAUGAAUGACAUUCUUGCACAGGUUGCAACGAACACGGAGACCAGUAAAAAUGUGGGCAAUGCAAUUCUCUACGAGACUGUACUGACUAUAAUGGACAUCAAGUCUGAAAGUGGACUGAGGGUUUUGGCCAUUAACAUACUCGGUCGCUUCCUUCUAAACAAUGACAAAAAUAUAAGAUACGUGGCAUUGACAUCUCUACUAAAGACGGUACAGACGGACCACAAUGCAGUGCAGAGGCAUCGGAGCACCAUUGUGGAUUGUUUAAAAGACCUGGAUGUGUCCAUCAAGAGACGUGCAAUGGAACUGAGCUUUGCCCUGGUGAACGGCAACAACAUUAGAGGCAUGAUGAAGGAGCUGCUCUACUUCCUGGACUCCUGUGACCCAGAUUUCAAAGCAGACUGUGCAUCAGGAGUCUUUCUAGCUGCGGAGAAGUAUGCCCCUUCGAAACGAUGGCACAUUGACACCAUAAUGAGAGUCCUGACAACAGCGGGAAGCUAUGUGCGAGACGAUUCUGUUCCCAACCUCAUCCAGCUCAUCACCAACAGUGUGGAGAUGCAUGCCUACACAGUCCAGAGACUUUACAAAGCACUGCUGGAUGACAUCUCGCAGCAACCUCUGGUGCAGGUGGCGUCCUGGUGCACAGGAGAGUACGGGGACCUGCUGAUAUCUGGACACUGUGAGGAGGAGGAGCCCAUCCAGGUGACCGAGGAUGAAGUUCUGGACGUGCUGGAAGGCCUCCUGGUGUCCAGCAUGUCUACACCUGUGACUCGGGGUUAUUCCCUUACUGCCAUCAUGAAGCUGUCUACUCGCUUCAGCAGUAUAAACCGAAUCAAGAAAGUGGUUUCGAUAUAUGGCAGCAGCAUCGACGUGGAGCUUCAGCAGAGGGCGGUGGAGUACAAUGCGCUGUUCAAGAAAUACGACCACAUGAGGCCAGCGCUCCUGGAGCGAAUGCCCGUUAUGGAGAAAACUGCUGUCAAUGGCCCCACAGAGAUUGUACAGACAAAUGGGGAGACGGAGCCCUCUCUUGUGGAAUCAAAGCAUCCUCCACCUCUCACCCAGCCAGCCAACCAGGCUAAUGAUUUAUUAGACCUGCUAGGUGGGAACGAUGUGGUUCCAGUAAUCCAGACCGCGGUGCCCACCAAGCCGGCCUCGGCUGGAGGAGAGCUGCUCGAUCUGCUGGGUGACCUCUCGCUAAGUGGCGGCCCGACUCCCUCUGUGCCCACUUCCCAACCCUCUUUCCUCCUGGAUGGCCUCUCCUCACAGCCCCUGUUUAAUGACAUUGCUGCUGCAGCUAUUCCUUCAAUGAUGGCAUACAACAAGAAUGGACUGAAAAUAGAAUUCACAUUUGAGAGAGCGAAUCCCAAUCCAAACGUCGCCAUCAUCACCAUCCACGCUUCCAACACUACAGAGGCAGACAUGACUGACUUUGUUUUUCAGGCUGCAGUACCAAAGACAUUCCAGCUGCAGCUCCUCUCCCCGAGCAGUAAUGUUGUCCCAGCACUCAACCAGGGAACCGUCACACAGGUCAUCAGGGUCCUCAACCCACAGAAGCAACAGCUUCGAAUGAGGAUCAAGCUGACGUACACCCUCAAAGGCUCGCCUGUGCAAGACCUGGCUGAGGUUAAUAACUUCCCUCCUCAGUCCUGGCAGUGAUGAGCUGCUUCUGUUGCUCUUGAACGCCCCUACCAAGGGAACUAUGAAAACGGUUUUCCUUUCACCGCCCUCCUUUCUUCCUAUGGAUCCCCCUGUGACGUCACAGCAGCCCGCUGCCCUCGAGUUGCAUGGGAAGCAGCAGAGCAUCUAACACAGGAGAAAAAUACAUAUGAUACGAAGACCCUAUUGACUAUUGACAUCACCAGAAUAAUUGGGGAAAACAUAUCAGUCAAAGAACUUUCUUUUUUCUUUCUCAAUUGGUUUCCAUUGUGUCUUUUGUGUAGUAGUACUAUUCUCCACAUAAACCCUUGCUCAGCACCAUUACAACCCACAAAAGCACAUAUGCACACCAUUUACUGUGGCCCACUUCACAUCUCAAGUCACUGUAGAAGUGUUGUCCACUGAGUGCUGCAGUAACCAUAGUUUAAUUUUAAUUUAUAGUUAAGCUAAAAAUGCAGUUGAAAUGCUUGAUAUUUAUAAUUUGGCUUUGCAUUCAGAGUUCUUAUAUGAACCUUCAGUCCAACGAUGGUGGAGAAAAGGCUUGGAAAGGUCUAUUUAGUGCGGCUGUACACCUCUUGGUUACCUCUUUUUCUUUUUUUUGGACUCCACACAUCCUGGGUGAUAUAAAUUUUCAGAUAGUUUCAUUAAUUUUCAAUGAUACAUUUUCUUAACGCAUGUUUGAGCAUUUUAUAGGAUCACAAUCGUACCCUGAUGUAAGCGGAAGGGCAUUUCUGGUCCUGGUAGUCGGCCUCUUAAUCCUAUUUUUGUAUAGGAAGUCUAAAUUAGUUUUGACACUGAUGAGGGCAUUAGAAUGUCCAAGAUGUCCAGUUUGAUCACCCGUGGCUGGGUUCAGAUAAUGUGCCCAGACUUCCCCACACAGCUCUGGUAAAAUCAUCUCAUCUGUUGCUUUUAGUUUUAGUUCCGUAUGAUAAAUUCAGCGUUUAGUUGCUUAGCAAAGUCUGAGAUGGGGCAUUCAUGAGAAUGAAUGAAAUCCAGGCCUGAUAUUUAUAUCAAGAGGAGCUGAUUGCAUUUGUGUUGGAGAUCUGCAUUUAAACUUUUCCUGCAUCUGUGUCAUCACAGUUUUGCUUGCAAUUUAGAAACAUUUCAGAUUUGUUCAACCUGGUUGAGCUGAGUCACCAUGCACAUACGUGUAAAUGAAGCUUGUUAUGAAUGUAGUUACAUGCACUGAAUGCUUUUCUCUCCCCCGACCCCUUCAAGUCUUCUUACUCAUGGCUGUGUCUUUGAUGGGGACACUCAUCUUAUAGGCACUAUUUUUGUGAAAGUUUGUUUUAUUUCCGCAGUAAUUUGACUUAAUUAUUUAUGCCUGAUAUCAAAGUGAUGUGCCUUUCUAACUUGGCUGGAUAAAAGCCCCUGAACUAUUGAGUUCUGUAUGAGCUUCGUUUGUAAGUCUGCUUGUGUGCUGAUGGGUUUUUUUUUUUUUUAUCUGAGGGAAAUGGUCUUGAUGGAUCUAAAGCUGUAAAUGACAUAAUUUAAUAACUUUAUCUUGUUAACGUCGAUAUCUCUUUAGUUAAUAAUCAGUCAUCCACUAAUACUGGCCUACCUAGACGUCCAUGUCUUUGUUUUGACAAAAACGUAAAUUAUAGAUGCACAAUGUUUCCUUGCCUAUAUUGUGUGGCUGACUUUACUUAAAAGAGGCUUCAGGCAAAAGUCCUUUAAACAAGCAAAUCUCAAAUAUUAAGGCAGCUAGUAGACUUUUCAUAGGCUGGCUACAAGGUUUAAAGAGUUUUUAAACCAUAUGAAUGUUCCACUAAAGUGAAAUAUCAUUAAGACGCCCACCACCCCCGCCAACCAACGUUGAAGUGUGAGGUCAGAUCACUUGGUGAGGGACGGGUGCUAUUGGUGACUGUAUGAUUUCUCAUCUCCAAAUCAGAAUUCUGACCAUGCUGUCGGGGACAGUAACCUUAAUACCUCACAAUGGUCUGUCUUUCUGUUAACUUUAGGUUGCAGUAGAUUGACAGCGUUUAGUCAUGAAUUGCAAUCAAGGGGAGUGUCUGCAUGAGAGAAACAGAUGGUAGUUUGUGCAUCUCAUUACUUAACAAGCUUAGCAGAUUGGAGAUCCUCAGAUGUUCAGGCUGUAUACUUUUCACUAUGCUUCAAUGUCUUCUAACUUCUGUGACCAAAUCAGAGAGACUAUUAGCUUUGGAAAUAUUUUUGAGCUAUAUGUGUAUAUGGAGAAAAUUAUUGCAGCUUAACUUUUUCUUUCUGUUGACAAAUGCUAUAUUGGCUUUUUUCUGUACAUAUGAGGGCUUUUACAAUUGUGUCUCUUGUACUAUCUUUCAUCCUUUUUUUUUUUUUAGAUACCAUUUCCUAAAAAUUCCAAUUAUUCACAAUGUAUAUUGUCGAAAUAGAUCUAGUCAACAUCAGUCGAUAAAGACUCCCCUGUAUCAUCACUCACUCAUUGUAAAAGAUAUAUGAUCUGCUGCCUGUACAUUGUAUAUAGUUGUAAAACAAAAGCUGAUCAAAUUAAAUAAAACCCACAUGAAGACUAAAAAGAUUAGCUAGGAAGUAUAAUUGUAUCCAUAUAUGUACAAAAAAAGAGGACCCUAAAAGGAUGCAUUUGAUUUACCCUUCUUCCUACUUCAUUCUUUAUUGGAUGUGUCGUCUUUACUCUUACAAAGAUGGUAGGCUACUGGUCGCGUUCCUUUUGGGAUGUUGAAAUAAGGGUUGGAUCUAUCUGAACAGAUGUCUGAACGAUGAACAGAACUACUGAGAAACCUAAGCACUGCUUCACAGCAGAAGUGGCACCUUACUUUGUCUGCCCCUCUGGCCCAUACAUGCCUCAUGCGUCCAUGACCUCCUUCGAAGAGGAGCAGGUUUCUUGUUGCGACGUAACACUUCUGGCCUCGUUUGGUUUAGCUUUCUGCACUUUUCACAAUUUGAUCUAUUAAACUCUUUUCAACCUACAAAUUGAUUCUUGAAAUGAGGCCCUAUGGUCUUGACGUGUUGGCGCUCACAGUUGCCUGGUUACCCUUUUUGCUGCCAUGUAGCACUUAACUCAAAGCAUUAUAUCUCAAGCAAGCAAGCACCACACUAGGAGAUUUUUAACCUCAAAAUGUUCAUUUUGCUAGUAUGGUCAGUAAGUUUAAAUUGCAAUAGUUUGUCACGCUUUUUUUCCCAAGACAUUUUGGUGUGCGCUAAGUUAUUCCAGAUAUGUAUGUAUGAGGUCUAAACAUUACACAGCUUCCUAUUGGCUUCCUUUCUUUACUUUUCCGUGGCUUCAUUUGCCUCUGCAUGGCACAGCUUUCAGUUUCUCUUUGUAGUCACUGAUACAAAAGGCACGGCUGUCAAAUGGAGCUAGGCCCUCAUCGUGUUCUAUUAAACUUCACAUGGCAGGAUAUGAGGAAGGAAGGACAUUUUUUCAUACAUUUUGUGAUUAUGGACUUUUGCUUUACCAGCCCCAAAACAAACCAGGGACACGCAUGUGCUACUAAUGACCACAAGGGGGAGCUGUGCAAAAUGAUAGGCUGACUGUGUCUGUCUGUGUGAAAAUAAUGUCAUGCGAAAUGUCAUUUAUCUCAAAUUUGGGCUGCAAAUUAAUCUUUUAGCUUCUGAGCUGCAUGUGAAAACCAGUGUAAUUAAUGUAAUUUCUACUCUUGACCUGAGACACUUUUUGAAAUGCAAGAAAGGGUCAAAUAAAAUUGGUCCCGCCACUGUCAUGGGUCAGUGCUAAUAUGUACAAUAGGGAGUUGUUCAGAUAUGCUCACAAUAUGUUUUUUUGAUGAGUGAUGAAAGUGCACAUCCAUCAUUUGGAUAAUUGAUUUUUUUAAAGUAUAUUAUUUUUUAGGAUGAAUUCAGUGUGUCAAGGGCUUGGAAGAGCAUCUGAAUUGCUACCCAUGUUCACGGUCCCUGUUGAAUCUAAAAUCCAUCCAUUGUAUUUUGAAAGCAAAGUCUGUUGUAACCUGCAAGUCCUGUCCCGACGGUCAAACAAUAUGGUGUCUGAUUUGUUGGGGGAGGUUGGAGGCAUGAGGUUCACCUUUUUCACGUGUUGACCAGAAUCCCAGUUCCAUGGCUUCAAGGUGAGUGUGAAUGUCAAACUGAAAAGAUGAAAUGAUGCUUAAAGAUGAGAAGUUGUAUACUAUUAAAUGGGAUAUUUUCAAUAUGAUGUGUAUUCUUGUCUUUGGGUUGGAGAAAAUGAUCAUGUAAAUAAUAAUAAAAAGUCAAAUAAUAA